UCUUCGCGCCAUGUUGCAUUUGAUCACUUCUCAGUUUCUCUCAUACUACCACUAAUAUUAAUUAAACUCAUGAUUUUUCUAUUGUAAAUUAGUACUAAUAUAUCAUUCUACUACUUAGUCGUGUUGUAUUAGUGAGCAAUUCGUAAUAUCCUGAAUUUUGAGCUUGCUAGGAAGUAAAUAAAAGAAAAACAAAUAUGGCAGAUAUGGAAGAAACUCAUUUCGAAACUGGAGACAGUGGUGCUUCAGCCACUUUUCCCAUGCAAUGUUCUGCCCUUCGCAAAAACGGAUUUGUUAUGUUGAAAUCAAGACCCUGCAAGAUCGUGGAGAUGUCCACUUCUAAAACUGGAAAGCACGGACAUGCUAAAGUCCAUUUAGUAGGAAUCGAUAUAUUCACAGGUAAAAAGUAUGAAGAUAUAUGCCCAUCCACCCAUAACAUGGAUGUUCCCCAUGUGAAACGUGAGGAUUAUCAGUUAACCGAUAUUUCUGACGAUGGGUAUCUUUCCCUGAUGUCGGAUAAUGGUGAUCUCCGUGAGGAUCUGAAGAUCCCUGAUGGUGAGGUUGGUGCCCAGCUACGUGCUGAGUAUGAUGCUGGAAAAGAUAUACUCUGUACUGUACUGAAAUCCUGUGGUGAAGAGGUUGUUAUUGCUGUAAAAACAAAUACAGCUCUUGAUAAAUAAUGGAGAAAGGAGAGUAGGGGGACCUCACCCAAUCUCAACACUGUCCAAUACAGGGUCCCCGUUGCGCUAUAUUAUUGGACUGGUUAUAAACAAAUACAAUUAUUACAGCUUGUCAACGCCAGUAUGGGCCCGCAGAACAGCAGUCUGAUGUUAGCAUUUUCAUCCAAUAUGUUAUGUUGACAAAAUUCUCAUACAAACCUCUUUCAAUAAAUUUAAUUUAAUUUUAA